UAGUUUGGUGCGGGUGGUCCGCCAAAAGCCAACCUUUGUCUGAUUUAAAAUUCUGAGAUAGCUUUUGACUGGUAAAUGUAAGAGAGAAAUAUCUGAAUAUUUCGCUUUAGUUUUUGUCGUCUGAGGACGGCCCAAUCUCAUGUGAGAUGAAAUUUAGCGUGCUUCUUAUACUUUGCCUGGCAUGGUUAUCUCAGGCGUCACCAAUUUCACGGAGAGAUAAAAGAGACGCAGAUGACCUAGAAGCCGACAAAGAAGUUAGAACAAUAAUUUCUGCAAUAGUGGACGCAAUUCUGGACGGGGACAAAACGCGCCGUUCAGAAAUACCAGAAAACGAGGAAGAUGAGUCGGAAAAGAUGUCUAACACAGUUAGCAGGUUGAUUCCUGGCACAAGCAAUGUAGAAACGAAUGAUGAAAUUAAUGACAAGCAAUAUCUUACAAAGAAAAGAAGGAGUUUUAUUCCUGUAGAAAACAAAUUAGAAGAAAAUUCAGUUUACGAACCAAAAGAACAAGCAGAGGAUGCAGAGGCAGGAACCUCAGAAAGUGAGCUAUCUGGCGGGAAUCAGCCAGUGACCUCAGGAGAUUCCGAGGAUUCCAAAGAGCCUGAGAAAGAUACCCAAGAGUCAUUAGCUUCAGGAGAGGAAAACACAGAAUUUUCCAAAAGAAGUGACAUUCCAAAAAUUUUUAAACCAGACGACGAUGAAUCGUUAGAAAGAGGAGAAGCUGCUGAGUCAAUGGAGUCGAAACAGUCAUCGCACGUGCCUUCAAGCGGAUCUGGAGAUGUUGCUUCAUCCGACGAAGCUGAGGACAAAAACGGAACCUCUGAGUCUGCAAAAGACGUGGAAUCAUCUGGUGAAGCUGUAAAAAGAAACGUUAUCCCAACAGAAGUAUUUGAAGAGGGCAAUGCCAAAGACAAUGACGAUGAUGAUGAGGAAGAGGAAAUGGACGGGUCUGGUUCCACAUCGGAAUCUGCUGACUCCGAGGACUCCGAAGAAUCCGGUGAUUCUAGCCAGGGAGAGUCAGAUGGAAACAAACCGGUAGCUUCAGUUUCCUCUGAUCUACCCAAAAAAGAAGAACCAAAGAAGGUUGAUGAUGAAACAGCAACUUCAGUAUCGGAAGACGAAAGUUCAGCUUCAGGUGAGUCUGGCGAAUCAGGAGAGUCUGGUAAUUAUGAUGAAAGUGGUGAAUCGGGGGAGAGUGGAGAAUCUGGGGAAUCGGGUGACAACAAUGAGUCAGGAGAAAGCGGAGAAUCUGGGGAAUCGAGUGACAACAAUGAGUCAGGAGAAAGCGGAGAGUCGGGAGAAUCAGGAGACAGUCUGGAGUCUAGUGAAUCAGGAGAAAGCGACGAUUCUGGUGAUUCUGAGGAAUCUGAUGCUGAGUCAGAUGUGGUGAAGAGAAACGAAAUACCAAAGGAGGAUGAAGAAGCAAGCAAACAAAAAGAUAGCGAGGAAAGCGGUGCCUCUGGAGAAUUCAAAGAGGCGGUUGAAUCGAACGAAAUUGAAGAUUCCGGAGAGUCUGGUGAGAGCGGGGAGAGUGAGGAAUCAGGAGAAUGGGGAGAAAGCGCUGCAUCCGGAGAGUCUGGGGAUAACGAGGAAUCCGGAGAGUCUGGUGAAUCGGCGAUUAGCAAACGAAAUGAGAUUCCCAAAGAGCAAGAAAUGAAAGAAAACGACAAGUCAGGCGCGUCAGGGGAGUCUGGCGAUGCUGCCGAGUCAGGUGCAUCCGGUGAUUUUGAAGAGUCAGGCGAAUCCGGUGAUUUUGAGGAAUCUGGUGACGCAAGUGACAGUGCGGUAUCUAAAAGGAGUGAUAUCCCUACGGAAACACAGAAAGCAAUAAAGGAGAUUUCAAAGGCAGCUGACAAAUCUAGCAGUGGCAACUUACCCGAACAAGCAAAGGACAAAGAAACCAGCAAGUCUGAAGUUCUUUCUGAAAACAAAGAAGACAGCCAACCAGCUGAAACUGCUCAGACUGAGAAAUUGGAACAAACCAAAGAGUCUGACCAAUCAGGAGAAGCAUCUGGAGAGGAUAGUGAAAGUGGAAAUUCAGGAGAGAGUGGAGAAAGUGGAGAGUCAGGAGAAAGCGGAGAAAGUGGCGAAAGUGGAGAAAGUGGAGAAAGUGGAGAAAGUGGAGAAUCAGGGGAGUCAGGAGACAGCGAGAUCACUAAGAGGGCCACAAUUUCAAGGGAUAACAGCGAUGUUGAAAAAGACUCGAGUGGUUCUGGCGCGUUAGGAGGGACUUCCAGAGAUCGUGACGAGUCCGAGGAAUCGGGAGAAUCAGGAGCCUCGGGAGAGUCUGGAGAAGGCGGAAUAUCAAAACGAAGCGAGAUACCAUCAGAAGAACAGAAGGAAGAUCAAAAUACCGAGGAAUCCGACGAGUCCGACAAUUCUGGCUCUGAAGAGAGUGGAGAAUCAGAGGAAAGUGGGGAAUCUUGGGAUAGCAGUGAAUCUGGCGAAAGUGAGGAGUCUGGAGAGAGCGGCGAAUCUGGUGAAAGCGGAGUGUCUGAAGAAAGCGGCGAAUCCGGUGAAAGUGAGGACGCGGAUGAAUCGGAUGAAAGCGGAGAAGCAACGAUUUCAAAAAGAAAUAAGAUACCACAAGAACAGAGUGUUUUUCCAGACUACGAAGACGCUGAAGGCUUUGAAGAAUAUGAAAAUUCUGAAGAAAGCGGAGAGAGUGGAGAGAGUGGAGAAAGCGGAGAAAGCGGAGAAAGCGGGGAGAGUGGUGAAAGCGGAGAGAGCGGAGAGAGUGGGGAGAGUGGAGAGAGCGGAGAAAGCGAGGAGAGUGGAGAGAGUGGAGAGAGUGGAGAAAGUGGAGAGAGUGGAGAGAGUGGGGAGAGUGGAGAGAGCGGUGAAUCAGCUGACGGAGGUGUUGCCAAGCGAAGUGAUAUACCCAAGGACCAGCAAGAAUCCAAAGCUUCAUCUGGAUCAGGAGAUUUACCUGAGUCUUCAGCUGAAUCCGAUGAGUCUGGCGAGUCAGGCAAGUCUGAGGAGUCUGGUGAGUCCGGCAAGUCUGGCGAGUCCGGCGAGUCCGGCGAGUCCGGCGAGUCCGGCGAGUCCGGCGAGUCCGGCGAGUCCGGCGAGUCCGGCGAGUCCGGCGAGUUCGGCGAGUCCGGCGAGUUCGGCGAGUCCGGCGAGUCCGGCGAGUCCGGCGAGUCCGGUGAGUCCGGCGAAUACAAGAGAAACUUCAUCCCGAGGGAAAGCGACGCUGAAGAUGACGAUGACGACGAUGAAGACUCUGCCGUGGAAAGUGAAAGCAAAGAACAAGAUUCCUCUGAAGGAGAACAAGAAGGGAGUGGUUAUCAGCAUGCCAGCACAAGAGGAGAAGUAAUCACUGAAACCAUGGGUGACAUCGCUAAAGCUGCACUGGACAACAAAAUUGAACGAAAGUCGGACAUUAUCCACAGUUUACCGCAAAACACCGAAGAGUUCCGGAUCACUGACAACGAAAGAAAAUCACAAACAAAAGACAAGAAAACUGGUGCAGCUCUUAAGAAUUUGUUCACUGCUCUGGCAGACGGUGAAGCCCAUGCGUCAGGCUCAGGAGAAGAAUUCAUUUUGAAAAAAAAGGCUCAAACUACAAACUUGGAUAAAAGGGUGCCUUCAGAAACAAAUGGGAUAAAGAAUGCUUUGGACGAGAUCUGGAAACAAGAUAACGGUGCUCUCAAUGAUGCCGAAUCAGCAAAUAUCAACCUUGAGGAGAAAGAAGAAUUUACACAGCUCGCAGCCACUUUAAAAAGUUCGCUUCCUUCAAAGGACUCUGAAAAGGUCACGGAAGUCGAUAAAGAUGUGGAGGCAUUAGAGGGCUAUGCUGACGCUCUUACUGAGGUUGGAGGUUUGACACCCGAACAUCAUAAAGCUAUCGCUACAAAACUUGCCUUAGACCUCAUGGAGGACCUCAACAUUGAUAAAAAGGAACGACCUGAUCUAUUGAAAAAGGAGACAGCCUUCAUCAAAGAUGCAGAGAUCGCAUAUGUCAAAAGUAGGAUCACCGAAGUCAAACAAGAAAUGAUAAAGUUUGCCCAAGAGCAUCCAGGUGAUAAAGAAAGGAUUCGCGCAGAGGCAAUAAAAAGAUUGGAGGAUAUAGUCGAUAAACUUCCCCUGAGUAAGGCAAUCAUUGAAGCCCAAGAACACAAACUAAAGAGAUCCCCGAUGCUCCAGCAAAUUGUUGCAUCUACAAGCAAAAGAGAACUGAGGGACCGAAUCAGAAGAGCCUUGGCUGAUUUUAUUGCCGAGGACGUCGCAUAAACUCAAAGUGGGGCAGAAUAAUGACUAAGGCCACGAAAAGCCUUCAAAUCGGGCCAUAAAUAAAGUCAUGUGCACAUAGGGUCCAAGCUACAAAAGUGACAUUUAGUUUAUUAUGUUGGCAUGAAAUGCGUUUGUAUAAACAGAGCUGAUACAAAAGGCUAGACAUCUUUAGUUCCUUCAUAAUCACAAUUAUAUUCAUUCAACCAACCAUUCCUUGAUCAUUACCUAAAAAAAAAUUGUAAAAGUUGAUUUUGUUUGUUGAUUGAUUCCGAAACAUGCUGUGGGUUUCUCUUCCCAUGGAAUUACAGUUUAACCUUUUAAAAUUAUAUUAAUUGUUUAAAGCAUUUUGAUUUAGGUCUUUUAUAGACCUCUACUAUCACAGAAAACUCGACGACAUUCUCAUAACAAGGACUUUUGGUAUGGUUGAUAAGGACAAUAGGCCAAGCAGGGCCCGAUGACGUCAUUGUACAAGUUUGCAAAGAAUGCAGGGAAUAAAAACUCGAACAUUUCAAGAUGUGGGGAGUUUAAUUUAUUAAUUAUUAGUAUAAGUUCAAGCCCUGUACAGAUAGAUAAUAAACGAAUAAACGACUAAGUAAUUUUAACCAGCUAAAUUGAUUUGUAGCUCUAUGGUUAGGUAACUAAAGAUUGUAAAUUUGAUCUAUGGAUGUAAAUAAAUUUCUGAAAACAAGCAA